AUGGAUGUGAGUGGCAAGGCGAAGCAACUGUUUCAGCUCAAGUUUACCUCGAAGCAGUUCACGCGGAUGUCUAAGAAGGCCAAGAAGCAGGAGGCGGCGCAGCGGAGGAAGCUGAAGAAGGCCAUCGAGGACGGGAACACUGAGGGUGCACGGAUCUACGCGCAAAACGCCAUUCGAGAGAAGAAUCAAUCACUCAACUAUCUACGGAUGGGCUCGCGCAUCGAUGCUGUCGCCUCGCGCCUGCAGUCCGCUAUCCAGAUGAAGCGCGUGACAAAGACUAUGGCCGGCGUGACAAAGGGCAUGGACAAGGCGCUGCAGUCGAUGAAUCUCGAAGAGAUCUCCGCAGUCAUGGACAAGUUCGAGGAGCAGUUCUCAGACAUGGACGUCACCUCGCAGUUUGUCGAAAACGCCAUGGGCGACUCGACACAGGUCUCCGCACCGGUGGAGCAGGUCGACUCGCUCAUCCAGGAGGUCGCCGACGAGCACGGCCUCGAGGUUUCGGAGCAGCUCGGCACGCCCUCGCUCUCCCAGCCGGCAUCCACUGCAGAGGCCGACGCCGAAGACGACCUCACCGCACGCCUUGCCGCCCUCCGCUGA